AUGGCGAUCACAAGCGAAGAAGUCAAUUUGCUGGUCUAUCGUUACUUGCUCGAAUCAGGUUUCUCUCAUUCGGCCUUCACAUUUGCAAGUGAGAGUCAGGUCUCGCGCAGCAAUCUCGCCACUACCGACGUUCCCACCGGCUCGCUCAUCUCCUUUCUCCAGCGAGGCCUCCAGUACAAGCAACUAGAAACCCAUAUCAACGAGGAGGGGAUAGAGGUGCAGUGUGAUGCGCCAUUCACUCUCACAGGCCAUCACGUCUGUAAUAUAAGGGGCACAGUGAAGGAGAAAGACACCGACAAGGAAAAGGAGGAACCCCUCUAUGAGAUGAGAGACGCCAACCAGGAGGGUGGUGGACCAGCGCCGAUGGAGCAGGAGGAGGUCGAAGCCAGGGAGAUUCCCGAUGAUCAGGUUACCAAGCUCGAAGGUCACACGUCGGAGGUCUUCAUCUGUUCGUGGAGCCCGACCGGACCAUUGCUUGCCUCAGGGUCUGGGGACAGCACGGCGCGGAUCUGGCGAAUCCCACCAGGCCCUUGCGGGAAGAGUAUGGUGGUAGAGCCCCCGAUCGUACUACGACACUUCAACAAAGACCAGGAAUCCAGCAAAGACGUCACCACACUCGAUUGGAACGUCCGCGGGAGCGAAGGCGCGUUGCUGGCAACUGGUUCCUACGACGGCCUUGCUCGCAUCUGGAGCGAAACUGGCCAGCUGAAGAACACACUCAACCGGCACAAGGGGCCGAUCUUCUCACUCAAGUGGAACAAGUCGGGCAACUAUCUGCUUAGCGGCAGCGUCGACAAAACGGCCAUCAUCUGGGACGCCAAGACGGGAGAGGUCAAGCAGCAGUUCGAAUUUCACUCUGCUCCGACACUCGACGUGGAUUGGAAGAGCGACACGUGCUUUGCCACCUGCUCCACCGACAAGAUGAUCUACGACGAAGUGAACGCCAUCAAAUGGGACCCCAGCGGCACGCUGCUGGCCUCCUGUUCCGAUGAUUUCACCGCAAAGAUCUGGUCGCUGAAGCAGGAGCGAUGCGUGCACGAUUUUGAGGAGCACCAGAAGGAGAUCUACACCAUCAAGUGGUCUCCCACCGGUGUUGGCUCGCCCAACCCGAACAGGGCACUCGUGCUGGCCAGUGCUUCCUUCGACGCUAUGAUCAAACUGUGGGACGCCGACCGCGGCGUGUGCUUUCCCUCAGGAGAGUAUCUCGCCUCUGGUUCUUUCGAUCGCUGCCUGCACAUUUGGUCUGUCAGGGACGGCAGCUUGGUGCGAACGUACAGAGGGAACGGAGGCAUUUUCGAGGUGUGCUGGAACAAGGACGGGGACAAGGUGGCCGCCUGCUUCUCCAACAACACAGUGUGCGUGAUCGACGUGCGGAUGUAG